UCUACCUCGCAAAUCUUUUUCUGAUUGGUUGAACGAUUCGAUCGAGAAACGACACUGAGCCAGUCGACCAGCGACAAGCAUGGGGAGAGCACGUGUCAUUUACAUUGUUGCGCACAACUCGGCAAGCUCAUACGUCGACUCGCACGAUUAUACCACCACCCCUACCGACUUUUUCACCACUAGUGAAAUGAACGUAGUCGGUAACGCCACUAGCGUUGUAACAACCACCAAGAAAAAGACAUCAGUUUCUUCUUCUAUAGAGGUGGUUGAUAAUUCGAAAAUUGUAGUACCAUCGCGUACACCGAGUAUAGUGCCCGCGAAUGCUAAAUACAUCAGCGUACGCCGUCGGCCUGUUACGAUGCUACUCGCGGUGAUCGCGCUCCUUUGUGCCGGUAGCAGUGCCGAGGUGUUCACUAACACGUUCCUCGUGAAGAUGAGGCAGCCCGCGGAAAGACACGUCGCAGAUCGCGUGGCUGCUAGAAAUGGAUUCGUUAAUCUUGGACCGAUAUUGGGCAGUCAGACGGAAUAUCACUUCGUGCACAAAGCUCUGCCGCACGCACGGAGCAAGAGAUCCGUGCCCCACAUGAGGAGAUUGAAAGUGGAUCCUUUGGUGCACACAGCCGUGCAGCAGGCUGGAUUCAAGAGGGUGAAGAGAGGUUAUAAGCCUCUCAGCGUGGAUAAUCUGGUGCCCCUCUAUCAAAUUAAAAAUCCAUCGAAUCCUGGCAACAGAGACCCGUCUGAUCCUUACUUUCAGUAUCAAUGGUACUUGAAAAACACCGGUCAAAAUGGCGGGAAACCGAAGUUGGACUUGAACGUAAAGGCAGCUUGGGCCCAAGGUGUUACAGGGAAAAAUGUGACCACGGCUAUAAUGGAUGAUGGGGUCGAUUACAUGCAUCCGGAUUUGAAAUAUAAUUACAACACGAAAGCUUCUUACGACUUCAGCAGCAACGACCCCUACCCUUAUCCGAGAUAUACCGAUGACUGGUUCAAUAGCCACGGAACGAGAUGCGCCGGCGAGGUAGCGGCGGCCCGGGACAACGGCGUGUGCGGCGUGGGCGUAGCUUACGACUCGAAGGUAGCCGGGAUCCGAAUGUUGGAUCAGCCUUACAUGACCGACCUGAUCGAGGCGAACAGCAUGGGCCACGAACCUGACCUCAUAGACAUUUAUAGCGCCUCAUGGGGGCCGACGGACGACGGGAAAACCGUGGACGGGCCGCGAAAUGCGACCAUGAGGGCCAUCGUGCGCGGCGUUAACGAGGGUCGGAGAGGACUGGGCAACAUUUACGUGUGGGCCUCUGGUGACGGUGGUGAGGAGGACGAUUGCAAUUGCGACGGUUAUGCGGCCAGUAUGUGGACCGUCAGUAUUAAUAGCGCCAUCAACGAUGGGCAAAACGCUCAUUACGACGAGAGCUGUUCGAGCACUCUGGCUUCGACGUUCAGCAACGGUGCCAAGGAUCCCAAUAUUGGAGUGGCCACCACCGAUCUCUACGGCAAAUGCACGACCACGCACAGUGGAACGUCAGCCGCCGCACCGGAAGCUGCAGGAGUGUUUGCCCUCGCCCUCGAGGCCAACCCACAAUUGACCUGGCGUGAUAUUCAGCAUCUGACGGUUCUAACUUCGAAGAGGAAUUCGUUGUUCGACGCGAAAGGAAGAUUUCAUUGGACGAUGAACGGGGUCGGUCUCGAGUUCAAUCAUCUGUUCGGUUACGGCGUAUUGGACGCCGGUGCAAUGGUUGCUUUGGCGAAGAAGUGGAAAACUGUGCCACCGCGGUAUCACUGCGAGGCUGGUUCCGUGCUCGAAACUCAGGAAGUGACGAGUGAUCGAUCGAUCCUGUUGAAAAUAAAGACCGAUGCCUGCGCGGGGACCGAUUACGCUGUGAACUAUCUGGAACACGUACAGGCCGUCAUUUCCGUGAACGCCACGCGGCGUGGUGAUUUGGAACUGUUUCUAACCUCCCCCAUGGGUACCAGAUCGAUGAUUCUGAGCCGGAGAAUAAACGACGACGACCACAGAGACGGUUUUACAAAAUGGCCUUUCAUGACCACUCAUACUUGGGGAGAGUAUCCUCAAGGGAAUUGGUUGUUGGAGGUGAGCUUCAAUACUCAAACACCUCAACACGGAUGGAUCAGGGAGUGGACCCUGAUGCUGCACGGCACCAGAGAGCCGCCUUACACCGGCCUUCCGGCAGCGGAUCCACAUUCGAAAUUGGCGAUCGUGAAGAAAGCACACGAGGAACGAUCGUCGGCUAUGUAACGACGACCCUGAAGAAGAAGAAGACCCUAGAUACAUUCAUAUCGAGAGAUGUUCACGCGUCUACUAGUCUUAUUGUUUAAGGAUCUCAUUUUUACGAGCGAAAUAUUCGAAUAUGCCUUUUCGCAAUCGUUCGCUGAUAAACCCGUAGAAGAAGAAGAAGAAGAAGAAGAAGCUUUAUGUAUGACGCUCGACAAUUCUCAUCUCCUGGAUAAUUCCUGUAUAGUUUAGCAUUCGAAUGUUUUGCAGACUGCUGCAUUCUUUACGUACAUUCCUGUGAUAUCAUUUUUUUCGUACUAUUUUUCUUUUUUUCUAGCUUACCUGUAUUGUUAAUUUUCUCCUUUUUACGAUAAAUUAUAGUAUUUAUAUGAUUUGUAAGAAACAUCGUCGACUUCUUAUCAGAGAAAAAAGAAUCGUGUUUUUAUUCUCGCAUGUCGCGUUCGAUAAUUUUUCUCGAAUUAAUUUUUAACUUUAAUUUACGAUCAAUCCGAUUUUCAUUGAGCAUGAAAAUCUUAAUCUCAGAAAAAAAAAAAAAAAAACAGAAUCUACGCGAUUCGCGUGAGCAUUCGUUGAAGUUUGAAGGGAAACUGACGAUUUCAUUCAGUUUUAUUCCACGCGACAACUCCUAUCGAUGAAUGUAAACAGAGAGAAAGAAGAGGUAUGGUUGAAGAGGAAAACUCGUUGAAACGAGAUAGACAUCGGAUCUAAGAAAUGUUAACUAACGCCAAAACAGAGUCAGCCUCAGUUGGGAACAAUGAUCAUUCGGAAUUAUUCUCACAACUCGACGACGAGCCCGUCCGUCUCGUACCAAUUAACCAUUCAAUUCGUAUAGCUGAGUUUUUUUAACGCGUGUCGAGUUGGGAGGG